UUAUUCAACGCCACGCAGUUUCUAAGUGGACCGCGGCACCAGUCGCGUUUCUCUCUCCGUGGGCAGAAUGUCUCAUGGAGGAGUUUUGGAUGCGUCUGUGAACAUCCACAGUUUGGAUGUGAAGGCGAAAGCGGAAUACAAUGGCAAGCGAUCUGAAGCCUCGGUUGUGUGUGAUGAAGAAAGGAGAGAACGGCUACGGGUUUCAUCUGCACGGAGAGAAAGGAAAAACCGGACAGUACAUACGGAAAGUGGAGCGCGCGUCCCCGGCGGAGGCGUCGGGACUGCGCGCGGGUGACCGUGUGGUGGAGGUGAACGGCGAGAACGUGGAGAGAGAGACACACCAUCAGGUGGUGCAGCGGAUCAAAGCUGUGGAACAUGAGACUAGACUGCUGGUGGUUGAUCGAGAGACUGACGAGUACUUUCGCAGACUGCGUCUCUCCUGCACGGAAGACAUGGCCAUCCGGAUGAGUCCUGCAGCCACGACCCCUUCUCCUUCACCGUCCACCAGUAAACAGGGCAAUGGCUCAGUGUCCAAACGACCUGAGAUCUCCAAACCCAUCAGGAAACCUCUGUCACGAGCUCCUAAGAAGGAGGCUCAGCCCUCAUCAUGGGAUCCAUCUGAGCUUCUGCCGAGGCUGUGUCACCUGGUGCGCUCCGAGAUGGGUUACGGCUUUAAUCUCCACAGCGAGAGGUCCAGACCGGGUCAGUACAUACGGGCUCUGGACCCCGGCUCACCCGCUGACCGUGCCGGGCUCAAACCACAGGACAGACUCAUAGAGGUGAAUGGCGUGAACAUUGAAAGCAUGAGACACGCUGAAGUUGUGGCCUUCAUCAAGAACGGCGGGAAUGAGACGCGUCUACUAGUGGUGGAUCCGGAUACAGAUGAGCAUUUCAAAAAGAUUGGCAUCACUCCCACCAGCAUCCAUGUCAAAGAUUUUGACGAGUCCAUAACUAACGGCUCCAACAGCCCUCAUGUGAACGGGACGUCCUCACGAUCCACAUACUCAGACGGCAGCAGUCAGGACACCAACACACAGUUCUCGAGGGAGAGCAGCAGCCAUCUCGACCCGUUUGAAGAAACAGGUCUGUGUCUGAGCCCCACGGCGGCAGAGGCUAAAGAGAAAGCCCUCGCCAAGCGCUCCAGAAAGAGAGCGCCCCAGAUGGACUGGAACAAGAAGCAUGAGAUUUUUAGCAAUUUCUGAGUCUUCUUCCCAGGGACGCCCCCUACGUGUGUUGCAUUCAGAGCCCCGGACACAUGACUGCUUUUGAUGUAAAAGAGGCACCUAUUUUUGUAGAAAAUGAAAACUUGAAAGCAUAAAAAGUUGAAAAACACACCCGGAGGGGAUGAUGUGAGUUACGCAAUAGGAUUUCUGUUUUAUGAAUGGCUAAGAAAGUCAAAAAUUGGUGGUUGAGCUGCACGUAAAGAAGCUUUUCUGCAUCAUUCUGUGUUCUUGAUGUUUAUUCGGCCACUUCAGUUUAGCACGUUUACAAUAACGUACAAAAUAGAAUACGAAAGCCAAAUGAGACUAUAAUACAGAACAGCAUAUAGACUGUGCUU